CCUUCAGUUCUUGGGACCUGACUCCUGGUCUGGGGCAGUGCCAGAGGCGCGCAGCGGGAUGCGAUCAUACCACAGAGGAGUUGAGGGCGAUGAGAGCGGGUACUGCGAACUGCCGGGCGAUGCCGCCGCUGCCGCCGUGAUACCGAGAGCAACAGUUCCCCAGCAACACCUCUCCCCGACACAGGCACACACCCCCAAGAGGCACGCACGCACACCCCACGGCGCCCGGCUCGGCAGUGCCCUCGACAUUGGCCCAGGAAACCCACCCUGCCCUGCCACGCAGAGCCAGGAAGGAAAGAGAGCCUCAUGCCUAAGCCUCGGGGAGCACCAUGGAUCUGACAAAGAUGGGCAUGAUCCAGCUGCAGAACCCCAGCCACCCCACGGGGCUCCUUUGCAAGGCCAACCAGAUGCGGCUGGCCGGGACGCUGUGCGAUGUGGUCAUUAUGGUGGACAGCCAGGAGUUCCACGCCCACCGGACUGUGCUGGCCUGCACCAGCAAGAUGUUUGAGAUCCUCUUCCACCGCAACAGCCAGCACUAUACUCUGGACUUCCUCUCUCCGAAGACCUUCCAGCAGAUUCUGGAGUAUGCGUACACGGCCACGCUGCAAGCCAAGGCGGAGGACCUGGAUGACCUGCUGUACGCAGCUGAGAUCCUGGAGAUCGAGUACCUGGAGGAGCAGUGCCUGAAGAUCCUGGAGACCAUCCAGGCCUCAGACGACAAUGACACGGAGGCAACCAUGGCGGAUGGCGGGGCCGAGGAGGAAGAGGACCGCAAGGCUCGGUAUCUCAAGAACAUUUUCAUCUCGAAGCAUUCCAGCGAGGAGAGUGGGUAUGCCCGCGUAGCUGCCCAGAGCCUCCCUGGGCCCAUGGUGGACCAGAGCCCUUCCGUCUCCACCUCAUUCGGCCUUUCAGCCAUGAGUCCCACCAAGGCGGCGGUGGACAGUUUGAUGACCAUAGGACAGUCCCUCCUGCAGGGGGCUCUUCAGCUGCCUGCCGGGCCUGAGGAGCCGACUCUGGCUGGGGUUGGGCGGCACCCUGCGGUGGCCGAGGUGAAGCCGGAGAUGAUGCAGGUGGAUGAGGUGCCCGGCCAGGACAGCCCUGGGGCAGCCGAGUCUAGCGUCCCAGCUGGGAUGGGGGACAAGGUUGAGGAAAGGGGCAAGGAGGGACCCGGGACCCCAACUCGGGGCAGCGUCAUCACCAGCGCUAGAGAGCUGCACUAUGGACGUGAGGAGAGCGCCGAGCAGCUGCCGCCUCUCACCGAGGUUGGCCAGGGCCCCCCAGGCCGACCGGAGCCCCCCGCGCCCCCAGCUGAGAAACACCUGGGCAUCUAUUCCGUGCUGCCCAACCACAAGGCCGAUGCCGUGUUGAGCAUGCCGUCUUCGGUGACCUCGGGCCUGCAUGUGCAGCCCACCCUGGCCGUCUCCAUGGACUUCAGCACCUACGGGGGUCUGCUGCCCCAGGGCUUCAUCCAGAGGGAGCUGUUCAGCAAGCUGGGUGAGCUGGCUGUGGGCAUGAAGGCAGAGAGCCGCACUGUCGGGGAGCAGUGCAGCGUCUGCGGGGUGGAGCUUCCUGACAACGAGGCCGUGGAGCAGCACAGGAAGCUGCACAGUGGGAUGAAGACGUACGGGUGUGAGCUCUGCGGAAAGCGGUUCCUGGAUAGUUUGCGACUGAGAAUGCACUUACUGGCUCAUUCAGCGGGUGCCAAAGCCUUUGUCUGUGAUCAGUGUGGUGCCCAGUUUUCGAAGGAGGAUGCCCUGGAGACACACAGGCAGACCCAUACUGGCACGGACAUGGCUGUCUUCUGCCUGCUGUGCGGGAAGCGUUUCCAGGCCCAGAGUGCGCUCCAGCAGCACAUGGAGGUCCACGCGGGCGUGCGCAGCUACAUCUGCAGCGAGUGCAACCGUACCUUCCCCAGCCACACAGCCCUCAAACGCCACCUGCGCUCACACACAGGUGACCACCCGUACGAGUGUGAGUUCUGUGGCAGCUGCUUCCGGGAUGAGAGCACGCUCAAGAGCCACAAGCGCAUCCACACGGGCGAGAAACCCUAUGAGUGCAAUGGCUGCGGCAAGAAGUUCAGCCUCAAGCACCAGCUGGAGACACACUAUCGAGUGCAUACAGGUGAGAAGCCCUUUGAGUGUAAGCUGUGCCACCAGCGUUCCCGGGACUACUCGGCCAUGAUCAAGCACCUGCGAACGCACAACGGCGCCUCGCCUUACCAGUGCACCAUCUGCACGGAGUACUGCCCCAGUCUGUCCUCCAUGCAGAAGCACAUGAAGGGCCACAAGCCCGAGGAGAUCCCGCCCGACUGGAGGAUAGAGAAGACGUACCUCUACCUGUGCUACGUGUGAGGCGGCUGCAGCGGGGGAGCGGGGAGCAAGAGGAGAGGGAGCGGGAUGAAGUCCAGGAGGACUGUGCAAAAAAAACACAACAAAAAACAAACAAACAAACAAAAACAGAAAAAAGAGAGAGAAGGGAAAAGGAAACCUGGGAGCUGUCGGGCUCUGGGUUCUCUCUGGGGCUCCAGGUGACCUGGAUGCCUGGCUGAGCCCCUCCCCUCGGGCCCUCCAUCCCUCCUUUCCUGGCUGGAGCUCGGCCUGCUCUUCUUGGAUGGGGGUGGAGGGGCCUUUUGUUCAGCUCUGAUGGUGGGAUGUUCUUCUCUUCCCUCCGCCCAGAUCCUCCUUUGGUGUCCGGAAAUGGAGACGAGGAAGGGGGGAGGGCUCCUCCAGUCAGAGCCAAACCACCUCUGCCUGCCGUGCUCUCACUGACCCCUCGGGAGAUGGGGGCUGAGGGAUGGGUGGGCUGGGGGUGC